UCUGUCGUAGCCCGUGUCAGUUCAGUUGCACACAAUACUGGCUGUCAGUCUUCCUUGCUCUCCACCCAUUGAUCAUGUCGCUCUCCUUAUGCCUCACUCCCUUCGCUUCUUCUUCCCCACAAUCCCACCCAAGAAUCCCUCUUCCCAAACCCAGGAACCCCACCAUUUUUCCUUCACGAAAGCUCUCAAAACUCCACCCAAUCAGAUCUGUCCAAGAACAAUUUGAUCACCAGCCUCUUACUCGGUCAACACCCAGAUGGGAAAACAUGCUUUCCACUGCAGCAAGCUUGUACCCUCUCUAUGUCACUGCUGGAGGGGUUGUUGCAUGUGUGAAGCCAUCUGUUUUCGCUUGGUUUGUGGAGAAAGGCCCAGCUUCUUAUAGCUUAUCACUUGGGUUAAUCAUGUUAUCCAUGGGUAUCACAUUGAAGCUCAGGGACUUCUUCAAUUUAUUGAUCCAGAGGCCUUUUUCUAUACUUUUUGGAUGUGUUGCUCAGUACACAAUUAUGCCAUCUUUUGGACUGAUUAUUAGCAAAGCCUUGGGGCUUUCUCCAUCUCUUACAGUUGGAUUAAUAUUGCUUGCCUGUUGCCCAGGGGGCACUGCCUCCAAUGUGGUGACCUUAAUUGCUCGAGGGGAUGUUCCACUAUCUAUUGUGAUGACGAUUUGCACUACUUUUGGAGCAGUGCUCCUUACUCCUUUGUUGACCAAGAUUCUCGCAGGUGCGUAUGUCCCUGUGAAUGCUGCAAAUCUGUCCAUCAGCACCUUGCAGGUGGUUGUUGGUCCAAUUCUGCUAGGUUCUUAUAUACAGAGCAGAUUUCCUGAAUUAGUGAAAGCGGUUACACCUUUUGCACCGCUUUUUGCUGUUUUAGCUUCAUCACUUCUUGCGUGCAGUGUAUUCUCAGAAAAUGUUGUGCGGCUCAAAUCCUCAAUGGUCAGUGCAUCAUUAGCAUCGGACGUGUCUCCACUCCUGCGCAUUCAAUCCCUUUUAUCUGGAGAACUGGGGCUUGUGAUACUCUCAGUGCUGUUAUUGCAUUUUGCGGGUUUCUUUGUUGGGUACAUAGCAGCAGCUAUUGCUGGGUUUGGAGAACGGCAAAGACGGGCAAUAUCAGUUGAGGUCGGUAUGCAAAAUUCUUCCUUAGGCGUGGUUUUAGCAACAUCCCAUUUCCCGUCACCAAUGGUUGCAUUACCUCCUGCCAUGUCCGCCGUGAUCAUGAAUAUCAUGGGUAGCAGUUUGGGCUUCUUCUGGAGAUACAUCAAUCCUUCUGAUUCAAAGAACAAUCCCAAAGCUGAUGGAAGUAAGCAAGGCUAGAACCUUUUUAAUGUUGAACACAAUAAAAUUCGGGUUUUCUCCUUUUGUUAUUGGUUCAUUGUUUUCGUACUCCUUUAGUCAGAAUAAUACAUCAUCUGCCACAAUUUUUUUGCCUGCU